UCGCUUGUCUGAUGCGCUGAAACUCCCCGGGAGAGACCGAGGGAGGAAGAUGGCGGCCACUGACCGUUCCCGGUCCGAAGCGGCAAAGCAGCGGCGGCAGGAUCAGCUGCAGCGGUGGCAGGGCUCGGAGACGGACCGGACCGGAGCGGAGGCGAGGAGCCAGUCCUCCGCUCCCGGAAACCGACGGGCCAGAGUGCGCUUCGCCCAGGGCGCAGUGUUCAUGGCCGCCUGCUCCGCCGGGGACCGGGAGGAGGUGGCGGAGCUCCUGCGACAGGGAGCCGAUAUCAACCACGCCAAUAUAGACGGGCUGACGGCGCUGCAUCAGGCCUGCAUUGAUGAAAACGCAGAGAUGGUUCAGUUUUUGGUGGAGAGCGGCAGUGAUGUGAACCGAGGAGACAACGAGGGCUGGACGCCGCUCCACGCCGCCGCCUCCUGCGGCUUCAUCCAGAUCGCCAAGUACUUGAUCGAACACGGCGCUCGUGUGGGAGCCGUCAACAGUGAGGGAGAACUUCCUCUCGAUGUAGCUACCGAGGACGUCAUGGGAAGGCUGCUUAAAGCGGAGAUUAAAAAACAGGGUAUAGAUGUGGAUCAGGCCAGGAGAGAGGAGGAGAGAGUGAUGCUCCAGGAUGCAAUGGCCGUGUUGGCAGGAAGUGGUUCCCUCGUCCCUCACCCGAACACUCAGGCCACGGCGCUGCACGUCGCUGCUGCUAAAGGAUAUAUCGAGGUGUUAAAGGUGCUGGUGAAGUGCGGGAUAGACGUGGACAGUCGGGACAGCGAUGGCUGGACGGCUUUUCACGCGGCCGCUCACUGGGGACAGGAAGAGGCCUGCGUUCUUCUGGCUGAGAACAUGUGCGAGAUGAACGCCGUCAAUAACGUGGGCCAAACUCCACUCGAUGUAGCCGAUGAGAACAUCGUUGAUAACUUGGAAGAACUGCAGAAGAAGCAGAACGCUAUGCGUUCAGAAAGACAGAAGAUCCAGACCCCCGUCAUUGAGACCAGCCCACCUGUUUCUAUGGCGCCAACUCGCCCUCGCAGGACGUCCAUCUCUCGUAUGAGCAGUAAAGAGAAGAUCACCCUGCACGAGCGAGAGAAGCAUGCUCCUCCCACGCUCCAGACUCCGCCCACAGAGGAGGACGAGGACGAGUCGACGCGCUCAGCCGGCCAAUCCAAACCCUCCAGCAGCUCCAGCUCAGAGGAGGAGAGCGAAUCAGAGAGUGACGCCGAGUCAGAAAAAGCAAAAACUCGAGAAAUGAUCAACAACUUGAACAACAAACGCAAUGCAGCGCCCGGAGCGAGCUCUGUGACCAGCACUGCCCUUAACCAGGUUAAAAAGGCUGAACCCGUCCGGACCCCAGUGACAGAGGCUCCAGGUUCCUGGAGGACGUCUUUACGUAAAGCAGGAAGUUCUGUGACUCUGGGUUCGGCCGGGGCCUCUGAUCCAGCCACUGAGGCCCUCAAGGACCCCGAGACUAAACUGGGAAUGACACGCUCUGCAUCUAGUCCCAGACUGAGCUCUGAAUCUGAAAACAAGGAGCCCAGGUUGGCCCGUGUUCAGCCCACUCCGUCCAGACGCCUUUUCAGCAUCAGUGACACCAGCACCAACCCCGACAACUCCAGCAGCUUGUUGAGCCGCAGCUCUUCAUACACUCGCCGCUUGAACAGCCAGUCCAGCGCUGAAGUGUCAGCUCCGAACCCCUCGUUACCUCGCAGCUCUUCUUAUGGAAGGAGACUUGACGACCCUUCGGUGACCUCUGUAACCACGGCAACCUCUGGACUGAGUCGCUUUAGUAAUCUGUUGGCUCAGAGGUCGGCUCAGGAAGAGGCCGAGAAGAAGGAGCCCGCCUCAAACUCUGUAACCACGACGACCACAUCAGGCGAACCAGAGACCAAACAGAGACGCAAGUCCUAUCUAACUCCAGUGCGUGAUGAGGAAGCAGAAGCUCAGAGAAAAGCCCGAUCCAGACAUGCCCGUCAGUCCAGACGCUCCACACAGGGUGUUACUCUCACAGACCUGCAGGAAGCGGAGAAGACAAUGAAGACGGAAAACAUGGGCAAGGAGAAGAAGAAAGAAGAGGAGGAGAAAGAAGGGAAGCAAAAGAAGGGAGAGGAAGGGGAAGUGAGCUGGCGGUCUCGUAUCGCUAACCUGCAGAAGUCUGAUUUGCUGGGACUCACACACCCUCCCGGUGCUCCACGUCCUGACAGACAGGAUGCAGAGAGCGAGGAGCGAGCGAGGGAGCGCAGGAGAGCCCGAGCGAGGAGGAGAGGGAAGACGGGAGAGGUGAGGAACACCAGGACACCCGAUUCAAGCAAAAGAACUCAUUUAAACACUUACUUCUGUGUUUUUCAGAGCGAUGACAACGACCCCAGCGGAGAAGAGGAGAGUAGCAGUGGGCGGGACCCACAGACAGACAGAUACACGAGCAGCAGGUCUGAUUCGGUCUUGAACGACUGCAUUUUCACAAGAGGCUCAGAGUCCAGGGACUUCAAGAAGAUGUUUGAGGAGAUGUCCAGGGAGAACCGCCGCCUGCAGUCACAGUUAUCAGACACACAGAGAACUAUUUCACUGACCCGGGUGGAGCUGGAAAAGGCCACACAGAGGCAGGAGAGGUUCACGGACUGCACGGCUCUGCUGGAAAUGGAGAAGAAGGAGAAAAAGAUGUUAGAGAGGCGUGCCGCGGAGUUAGAAGAGGAGUUGAAGGUUUUAGGGGAUCUGAGAGCCGAUAACCAGAGGCUGAAGGAUGAGAACGGAGCGCUCAUCAGAGUCAUCAGCAAACUCUCCAAAUAGAGCGAGAGACCGAGAGAGAGAGAGAGAGAGAGAGAAACUAUACCACCCCGAGCCAAAGAAGGGAGAAGAGGAGGAGAGGAGCAGUGUUUGAUGACGUGAUCUUUUUACCUUCCUGUGCGUGUGGCGCGUUUGAACUUCAUCCGACUUCAUCAGCAGAGCUUCAGAUUUCCCUACGUCUCUCUCUCUCCCUCUCUCACACACACACACUCGUAUAGGGACGCAUGCACCAUGCACAUUCCCAUAAGCGUGAGCACACACACACACACACACACACACUCCACACACAUUCCACGAGUCUCAGGCAGCUGAAGUCUGCAGUAUUUUUGCAUCUUUGCACACACACACACACACACACACACACUCAAAAUCGAGAGGUUCAACCCUAAACUCCGCUAAAGGUGGUCUGAGCGCGUCGACCCCAGAAACCAGCGCGACAAUCAUCGAAACACCGUAAACACGCCAGUUACGCUAUGCAUCUUUCUUUAAAGCGGCACGGCGGCUCACGAGGAAAGUUUUACCCUUGUUUGAAUCAUCUGUGCUCUCUGUGUCUUCUGAAGCAAGGGCAACGGCGUUUCUUUAUUGUGUAAAUGUACAAAUAUUAUGCAUUCGAACUCAUAACGCUAUAAACUGUAUAUCGACUUCAUUUUCUCCACGUGUUGUUUUCCUAAUAUAUUGAAUGAAUGUUGGCACUUAAUAAAAUAUGUGUUUGUAGACUA